AUGUACUACUUCCUCCCCCUCUCACUCACCGCCUUGGUCGUUUCGACUCUCGCUCCGGACGUCAUUGCCGCACCAAGACCUUAUGUCCCCGUUGGCCAGUCUAUUAGCCUGUUACGCCGGCCAAAGCCGCAGCAGGAUUUCGCAACGCGCGCUGCUAAUUUGAAGAGGCGACGGCUGGCUUUGGAGGCAAAAUACGGCGUGGGCAGCUACAAGAACAAGAAGCGCGGGAGUAGUGGAAACACUUUGCUGGUCAACCAGGGCGCAGACGCGGAUUUCUACGGCUCCAUCGCAGUCGGCACUCCUCCUGUCUCGUUCAACGUCAUUCUCGAUACCGGCUCGGCGGACCUAUGGCUCGCGGGCGACACCACGAACGGGUCCGCCUCGAACGUGCCCAGCGGGAUUCCGCUCUUCGACCCCUCCGCGUCGUCGACCUUCCAGUCUCUCGGCAAGGCGUUUGAGAUCCAGUACCAGUCCGGCACCGCCCUGGGCGUGCUCGGGCAGGACACGGUGCAGAUGGCCGGCUUCCAGGUCUCCGCCCAGGAGUUCGCGGUUGUCACCGAGGUCUCACAGGGUAUGCUCAACGCGCCCGUGUCCGGCCUUAUGGGCUUGGCGUGGCAGCAGAUUGCGUCGUCGGGCGCGACGCCGUUCUGGGAGGCGCUCCAGCAGACGAGCGGCGCGCUCUCGGAGCCGCUCAUGGCGUUCCAGCUUACGCGCUUUGAUAACAACACGCGCGUCGUGCCGCAGUCGGGGCUCGAGCCUGGGGGCACGUUCACCCUCGGCGGCGUCGACAGCAGCCUAUACACUGGAGAUAUCGAUUACCAGGAUAUCCCUAGCGGGGAGACCGGGUAUUGGAUGCAGCAGCUGACCGGACUGACCUCGCAAGGGAAGAACGUCACGCUCCCAUCCGGGUCCUCCUCCUUCGCCGCCAUCGACACCGGCACGACACUCGUGGGCGGGCCUGCCUCGGUCAUCGCCGCGAUCUACGCAGAGAUCCCGGGGAGCGCUCCAGGCACCGGCAACCUCCAGAACUUCUACACCUACCCGUGCUCGACCUCUGUCAACGUCACGCUCACGUUCGGCGCGAGCGCGAUCGCGUGGCCCAUCUCCCCCGCGGACUUUGCGUUCGAGCAGGCGAGCAGCGGGACGUGCGUGGGCGCGUUCUUCGCCGUGGACGUGCAGGGCUCCAGCGCGCCGGCGUGGAUCGUCGGGGACACCUUCCUGAAAAACGUGUACGCGGUCUUCCGCGCGUCCCCCGCGUCCGUCGGCUUUGCUCGUCUGUCGAACACGGCGCUCGCCAUGAACGGCGUCAACUCGGCCACUCCGUCCGCCACUGUUGGCUCGGCUGCUGCGACGGCCAGCGCGACGGCCAAGUCGACUCAUAACGGGUCCAGCAGCGGUGCUGAGAGCUCUUUGAGGGCGCGGAGUGCUGUCGUCGUGCUGGCUGGGCUGGUUGUGGGGUGGGUGCUGCUAUGA